CGGCGCGCGCACGCGUUUCAAAUUUGGAACGGCUGGCAUUUAAAUUCGAAUUUUCUAGCGCUCUUGAGUGUUUAUAUUUUAAAAAGUGUUUUAUAGUGCCGUAUUCUGAAUUUACCGGUUUUAACGGUUAUUGUUUUAAGUAGGUUGUGUUUCGUCACUGCAAGGAUAUUAUUUUUAGUAUUUAGCUUGUUAAAGCUGUUGUUGGCGUGAGACGGAUCUUAAUAUAGCUGUGCGCACUUGUGUUUUCGUCUGGCGGAGAUUACAAUGAGAAAGAAGAGAAAAAAUAGACUCGCGUGCGGUUAAAAAUACAAAAGGAAAACGCAUUUAAAAUUAAUUUAUUAAUAGUGUAAGUGAACGUCAAGCCAGACAGAGACUGGGUACUAAUGAGAGAAAAAAAUAACAUUUGAAGUGAUCAAAUAUUGACUCUAUUUACCGGUAAAAAGAAAAACUCAGAUUCAAUACAAACUUCGGCGCUUUUCGAAAUCCGAAAACAAAUAAUUGCCGCUUCAAGGUGCCCGGUUUUGUUUAAACAUUUUUGGGACUGCUGCCUUUCCCUGUUUGUUUAGCUGCCUUUUUAAAAACAAAACGGUGAAACAAACACGAUCGCAUUUAAGACUAAUAAAAAAACGCCUCAAAUGCAUUUUAGUGCGCGUCAAAACCGAAUUCCAAAUUCGAAUCGCGUAAAGCUGGCCAUUCUUUGACUUUUAUGCGGAUUGUUUAGCACCGCUAAGUGGUGUUAAUUUGUAGUGUUGAAUUGUGGUGUCAAAGUGGCAGGAGACGAGCAUUUGGAUAUGUUGGGGGGCCCCGAGUGGGGGCAGCGGGAGGCCACCCCCCCCAGAGACGCUCCCCUGCCGAGUUUCGGAUUCACACAGGAGCAAGUCGCCUGCGUAUGCGAGGUUCUCCAACAAGCUGGCAACAUCGAGCGACUCGGCCGAUUCCUCUGGUCCCUUCCCGCCUGCGAGCGUCUCCACGCUCACGAAUCCGUUUUAAAAGCCAAGGCCAUGGUGGCUUUCCAUAGAGGGAACUUCAAGGAGUUGUAUAGGCUGCUGGAGUCACAUACGUUUAGUCCACAUAACCAUGCGAAGCUACAAACCUUGUGGCUUAAAGCACACUAUAUGGAAGCCGAAAGGUUACGAGGGCGGCCGCUAGGUGCCGUCGGCAAAUACAGAGUUAGGCGCAAGUUUCCUCUACCCAGGACGAUAUGGGACGGCGAAGAGACUAGCUACUGUUUCAAGGAAAAGUCGCGGUCAGUUCUACGGGAUUGGUACAUACACAAUCCGUACCCAUCUCCACGAGAGAAGAGAGAAUUAGCGGAGACCACAGGUCUCACCACUGUACAGGUUUCAAAUUGGUUUAAAAAUAGACGACAAAGAGACAGACAAGCAGAACACAAAGAUAGUGGCAACCCCAACGAGAAGCAGCUUGACUCCUCGUCUGACGACGACUCGGACGCGGCCGCGCACGCUCUGCCGGCGCACGCGCCGCAGCCGCUCUACCCGCUCUACGACCACCCUCUACAUCUACACUACCACCACUCGUGACCGCACUAACUCUACUCAACCUAGCUCUACCAAUACUAGAUUCAUACCCCUUAGAAAUUGACAAAAUAACCGAUUUACAUGUGAAAAAAAAUGUUUCACAUUGACAGCCAAUAGAUGGCGCUGCACGACAAAAAUACUUUUUUUUUUUAAUUAUGGACAGCUGACAUACAUAGAUGGCGUUACACGGCUUUUACACUAUGCGGUGUUUCUAAUAAGAAUUAUUUUUGAAGUGGAGAAAAUGACGUUGACAGCCAAUAGAUGGCGCUACACGACUAGAUACAGAACUCUGUAUCACUAAUUAUAUUUGUUAAAUUUCUAGACUUUUUGAGUAGAGCAAUCUAAGUGUAUUAGAAAGUGUAGAGUACAUUAAAGCAAUCGUUUCAAUUCAUUGAAAUAGAAUCAAGGAUAAGCGUAGAGACAUAGGACGACGACUUGGACACGGCCGCGCACGCUCUGCCGGCGCACGCGCCACAGCCGCUCUACCCACUCUACGACCACCCUCUACAUCUACACUCAAAAAUAACGGAUUUACAUGUGAAAAAAAAAUGUUUCACUUUGACAGCCAAUAGAUGGCGCUGUAGGACAAAAACUUUUUUUUAAAUUGUUGAUUUAAUUGGACAGCUGACAGACAUAGAUGGCACGGCUUUCACUAUGCGUUGUUUCUAAUGAGAAUUGUUAUUUUAGUGAAAAUUUAAUUUGACAGCCAAUAAAUGGCGCAACACGACUAAAUAGUAAAUACAGAAUUCUGUAUCUCUAAUUCUAUUUGUUACAUAUUCUAGACUCUUUGAGUGGAGCAACCAGACUGUAGAGUUCAUUAAAGUUUUUAUUCCAAUCACGCUCUGCCGGCGCACGCGCCGCAGUCGCUCUACCCACUCUACGACCACCCUCUACAUUUACACUACCACCACUCGUGACCACAUUCACCUAGCUCUAUCAAUACUAGUUCCAAAACCCUUAUAAAUUUACAAAAUAAUGGAUUUAAUAAAAAAAAGUUUGAUAUUGACAGCCAAUAGAUGGCGCUACGCGACUAAAAACAGAAUUAUGUAUCUUUAAACUAUAUAUAACAAACGUACUAGCUUCGAACCCUUUAAAAAUUACAAAAUAACAGAUAAUUGUUUGUAAAAAAAAGUUUGAUAAUGACAGACAAUAGAUGGCGCUACACGACUAAAUACAGAAGUCGGCAUCCUAAAUUCUAUAUUCUAUGUGUAAAGUAAAUAUGACAAGUUGGAAAGAGACUUCCGCUUGUAAUUUGUAACUUUCAGUUUUGAGAAAUGGGCCUCUGAAUGUGGAAAUUUGAUACUCUUUACCGUCGUACACUUGUAUUAUUUACAAAUGUAAAUAAUAUCUAUAAUGCACUUUUAGCCAAAUAUUUGUAAUAUGUUAUUGUUAAGAUUAAUGUAAAUCAAUAGUGAAAUCAUAUUUGACGGCUCUAAAUUUCAUAUUUUCAAUAAAUGAUUAGUGAUCCAUUUCCACAGAAGGUUCCAUAGCAGUAGCAGUCAAGUAACUUUAUUUUUUAUCGACUCAAAACCUUGAGAUAUUUAUUUUAAAACAAUGAAAAAUUAUACAUACAUACAUACAUACAAUCACGCCUGUAUCCCAUAAAUGGGGUAGGCAG